AAAGGUAAAAUUUUCGUCUACGUUGGUAUUUCAAUCUGAGAACUUACACAGGGGACUUGUUGUAUUGAAUUAAUUCACAUUUGACAUCGGCGCAAUCAAUUUAAUGAUUUGAAUGCCAAAUUACGUCACAGAUGUUCUCAUGCAAGUGUAUUUAUAAUCCUGUAUUCCAAAGAUGGACAUCAUUCAGAAAUAAAUUUCGAUAGACAACAGUUUUGAAAAGGAACAAUUAUAUAACUUAAAUCAAUUUCAUUUUUCCAGGAGUACUGACAAAGGAAUUAACUUGAAUAUAACACAAAGAAAUCCAAUUAAAGAUGGAAGAAAGAUUGCUACUCUUCUUCAGUGUGGUAUUAUUUGCACACAUGACGUUCUCGGUACCACCGCCGCGGCAUCACGGGCCUACGGUCCCUGCCUCAGAAUGUAGGAGUUUGAUGGAUCUCGUGCUGGUUGUAGAUGGCUCAGACAGUAUUUCACGUGCUGAUUACUCUAAGCAAAGGCUCGCCUUAAAAUCCCUGGUAAAUGAACUACAUUUAGGACCAACGCAAUCCAGAGUAGGAAUAGUUGUGUACAGUACCACGAUAGCGCAGGUCUUAAACCUUACGGCUAAUAGAGAAGAUCUUGUAAAAGGAGCAAGAUCAUUGGUGCACCCUCAAGAUGGCACAAAAACAGCACUUGGUAUUUUUACUGCGAGGCAAAUGUUCAAAGAUCAUGGACGGGAUAACGUGCCCUGGGUGUGUAUAGUGAUAACAGAUGGUAUGAGUAAAGAACCACUAAAGACGGCAAAUGAGUCUGCGAUAUUGCAGAAAAUGGGUGCGAACAUGUUUGCUGUUGGAAUAUCACACUUCAUUGACCAAUCAGAACUGGAAAAUAUUGCCUCCACCCCCAAACAAGUUCUUAGAUUAAAAACGUUUGAUCAGCUCCGGAUGUCUCUCUCCAAACUGAUGAAAGUCGUCUGCCCGUGCCCGCCACCUCCACACAUUAAGAAAGGUGAUUUUGACCAAGGUAAACGAAGUAUCGGAAGUAUUCGUACAGCCACGUGCAAAAAGGGAUUCCAGCCAGUCGGCAACCCAACAAUCGAAUGUCUUAAAGACUCUACAUGGUCCCCAUUGAACUUUUCCUGCAAGGCAUGUCCGAAUCCUGACAUGUACUUCGGUAAUGGUGUAAUGUCUAAAGGCUCGAGGAAAGUAGGCAGUUGGAGGGAAUAUAUAUGCAAGAAAGGUUACACUACGCCGGAGCCUAUCCUCAUCACUUGUGUGGAAGGGCCAUAUGGGCCAGUCUGGACUGUUCCAUCUAUUACAUGCAAGGCUUGUCCGCCUGUGCCACUGAUGCCAAAUGCCUAUGUUAAGACUCCUGUUUAUAACGCUGUAAUUGGAACCGUAGUGACAUACCACUGCAACAAGACUCACAUAGAAACAGGCACCAUAGAAAGUACAUGCGUAGAUACGAAAGGGAUACCCCGUUGGACAAAACCCAAUCAUACUUGCAUAGCUUGCGGGCCACCUCCUCCUGUGCCAUUUGCCGAUGUCGAUUUGUCAAAUAUUACCACAGUAAACACUGUACGGGUAUACACAUGUAAAUACGGAUACCACCCGACUGGGCCUAUUGAAGCCAUCUGUAUUGGACAGAAAGGGACUACUUUCUGGAAACUGACAAAACAUACAUGCAGAGGAUGUGACAAACCACCUAAAUUAACAAACGGCAUAAUGCAGGCCGGCGGCGAUUCUCUUAUAGGCUCAAAACGUACAUAUAUUUGUAAAAAAGGAUAUCAGGAGACUGGACCGUUAGAGGCUAUCUGCAAGGCUAAUCACGGUGCAACAUUCUGGGAUGGCCUUGACAAUAAAUGUAUUCCCUGCAAUCCUCCCCCACACAUACCUAACACAAUUAUGGAUCCUACCGGGGAUAAUUUGCUGGGAAGUAUAAGAAGAUAUAAGUGUUUGGAUACACACGUAGCCACUGGACCUAUAGAAAUUGGCUGUGUUCGAGGCACAGGUGGCCCCUUGUGGACAUCACCAGAGUUCAUCUGUAUCACUUGUCCACCACCGCCAGAAGAACCAUUCGCCACACUUGAUCACAAGGGGGAUAACUUUGUUGGACAUUAUAGAAAGUACCACUGUGUUAAUGGUUACGUGCCUUCCAAACCAGGCCCUAUCACCAGACAGUGUAUUGGAGAAUACAUAGGGGAUAGGGGCCGGGCGUAUUGGGGUCCACCAUCGCAUCAUUGCAGAGCUUGCAAGGAGCCCCCUAAAAUGGAUUAUGCCGACGCCGAGCCCGGGGAUAUCAUUAUUGGAUCAAAGAGGAGAUACAAGUGCCACUAUGGAUUUUAUGCAACCGGAACCAUCGAAAUCGAGUGCCUCAGCAACGCUGUGUGGUCGAAGCCGAAUCAUACUUGUACAGCUUGUGGCCCCACGCCUGACGUACCUAAUGCCGACGUUGUACCAGGACUUCAUACAUUAGGAACAGUUAGAAAAUACGUUUGUCAUAAAGGCUUGGUUCCAAAGGGUUCCCCAAAGAUAACAUGUCUAAAACAAGCAAAAUGGAGCCCUGUGAAUUUUACUUGCGUAGGUUGUCUAGAGCCCUAUAAUCUUAAACACGCUGUAUUAGAACCUGGAAUUAAUCAUGUACACAGCAUCAGACGGUACACGUGCUUGCCCGGAUACUAUGCCACUGGAGAAAUAACAACCACGUGCGCAGUCCCGCCACAUUCUGAACUCCCAGACUGGUCAACGCCGGUUCAUUACUGCAAAGAUUGCGGUGAGCCACAUCCAGUAAAGAACGCUUAUGCCAAAAACGGUACACGUACAAUAGGUUCAAAACAGAUGUAUGUUUGCCAUAAAGGUUUCGUCGCGUCAGGGCCUCCCGUAGCACACUGUAUGCAAAAUGGCGAAUGGUCUUUACCCAAUUUUAAAUGUAUAACAUGCGGCGAUCCACCAAAGAUUGAACACGCCGAAGUGGACAAGGUGGGCACUAACAACGUCGAGAGUGUUAGAGCCUAUAUGUGCAAUAAGGGAUUCGUUGCCACGGGACCUAUAGAGGCUAAAUGCGUAACAGAUGCUCCAUAUGGCACGCCCUAUUGGAAAAACAUGACAGCUAAUAAAUGCAGAGAUUGCGGUGUUCCACCAAAUGUAACAAAUGCGUACGCGAGUAUUGGCCCUGCAAUUAUUGGCUCAGAGUUGAAAUAUUCCUGUGACGAAGGCUUUGUUAUGAAAGGGUACAACCGGAUAGAAUGUCUUGUGACUGGAAUAUGGUCCCAACCAGAAUUUUCCUGCGAAUUAAAACCUGUUACCACUACCACAACACCAGCACCUGUACCUAAUGAUCCAUCUGUUUGUGAUGGCUGCAGAAUGCUGAAUGGCGUUGGUUAUAUGAAACAUCCGGAUGACUGCACGCAGUUUGUGCAGUGUUUCUACAACGAUCGAGGCGGAAUUCAGGGAAUCUAUAUGCCGUGCCCGUUCGGUCAAUAUUGGGAUCAGGGAGAUCUUACAUGUAAACCAGCGGAUGACGUGGACUGCCCCAAUGAGCGUUGUUUGGAUCCGAACGUGUACUCCUACAAGUGCUCUGACAACACAAAAUGUUGCGCUUACUGGGAAUGUGUUAACGGCAAAUCAAAAGCCAAAUGUUGCGGUGCCGGCUUUAGAUACAUCUCUGGUAAAGGAUGUGAGCCAGAUCCAUCCUGCAAUGCUGAUUGCCCCUGGGAGGAUAUGUUUCCAGCCUGCGACAAAAGGCCACUGCUCGACAUGACACGCUAUGAGCAGCACAUUGGAAAUGGUUACUUUAUGAAGAUGCCGUGCGCACCCGGAACAGCAUUUGACAUAAUUGACUGUAGAUGUUCCUUACGAACUAACGUCGUUCCCGGAUUCGUGUGUCGCCCUGAGAUACACUUGAAUUUCGACAACGACGAUACAGAAGAUCAUUCAGGACGUAAUGUAUACAUCAUAAACGAAGGUGUUAGACCAUAUAAAGGAGCCGCAUAUUUUGACGGAAAUUCUCGUCUGCUUGUGAAUAGAUUCUCUAACACUGCUUUCCACGGCAACUUUGUGAUCAAGCUAAGAUAUAAGGAAAAACUAGAGGGACCGACAGCUAACGCCUUGCAAGCUUUAGUAACAAAUGGCGAUUGUGGCGAUGAUCCGUCUAUCAUCAUUGCAAAGAUGCCCGGCUACGUGAUGUGUGGAGCCAAGACAUCCAGGCCAAAAUCGUUUGCAUUGCCAACUACUGACAAAGAAUGGAAAGAAGUGAUAUACAUUCAUGACGAGAAACGACUGGAGGGGAAAGUAUGUGGGGCAGCUUAUGACAAGUGGUCCUUGGGUCCAAUAAAAUCGACUCAUUGUGGUCUUCAGAUUGGAUAUGGGACAAUGAUGGCAAACUAUGUUGGACUCAUGGAUGAUAUAUCCGUGUAUCAAUGUCGACCACCGGAGGACAUUCUCAGUGUAUAUGGCGGAAGAAGAAUAGUGCCUUCUAUGAAAAUACAUUAAGUUUUAUUCUGCUCGCUCAUUCUUUGUCUCAGUUUUUUUGACCGCAAUGACACAACAUAUUUAUAACCAAGAGGCUGGCUUUAAAAACUUUGCUUAUUUAAGAUUAAUAUCUCCCGCAUAAUAUGAUAUAUCGAAAUAACGAAUUUUAUAGGUAUUGGACCUCUGAAUCAUUUAAAUACAAUUUAAGUACGCUGCGAAUAAAUAUUGAUAUAAAAAUUCUUUACAGUCGAAAAUAUUUAAAAUCAUGCUUGCAAUAAAAGAAGAAAAAAGACAA